UUAGACUUCGCGAAGUAUUGCCAGUUUAACCUGCCUUACCGAGCGUUUAUAUUUACUCUGUUGGAUUACCUGUUGCUGUUUUGCUUUGUUUAUGGACUUCUGAGUUUACGGAUCACCCCUGUUUGGAUUGUUUGCCUGUGUGGACUGCUUUCAAGAACAAUGAAGAUGCAUGUGUUUUUCCUGCUUUGUAUUUCUGUGAUGCCUUGGUUUACAGACACAACUACAGCUAAAGCCAGAAAUCUUGCUUUAUAUGGCAAGGCCACACAAUCAGACCUGGUCGGGGAUCCUUGGUCAGGAGAAGGCCAUGCCAGCAAUGCUAUUGAUGGAAAUCUUGACUCACAUUUUCAUCAUGGAUCCUGUACUCAUACUGAUUCGCAAAAUGACCCAUGGUGGAGAUUGGAUUUACUAGACGAGUACGUAGUGACCUCCAUAAUUAUCACCAACCGAAAAGACUGCUGUCCUGAAAGACUUGACGGAGCCGAGAUACACAUUGGAAACUCUCUGCUGAACAACGGCAACAGCAACCCAUUGGCUGGAAAGAUUUCAUCCAUUCCAGAUGGGGGAUCCGUCACUUUUGAUUUGAAGAAAGGCAUUUCAGGCCGUUACAUCAAUGUGGUCAUACCUGGAUCUAAUCGAGUUCUUACCCUCUGUGAAGUUGAGGUUUAUGGUUAUCCAGCUCCUGAUGGUGAAAAUGUGGCUUUAAAAGGCAAAGCUACACAAAAAGUCCUCUUUGGAAACAACUUUGCAUCCAAUGCCAUUGAUGGGAACAAAGAUGGUGAUGUCAAUCAUGGAUCCUGUUCCCAGACCGAAAAAACCCUCAAUCCCUGGUGGAGACUGGACCUACUGAAAAGGCACAAAGUGUUUUCAGUAGUAAUAACAAACAGAGUAGAUUCAUAUUCUGAAAGACUGAAUGGGGCAGAAAUCAGAAUUGGAAACAGUCUGGACAACAACGGCAAUGACAAUCCCAGGUAAAUAAAUUCAGCUCUAAAUC